GGCAGGGGCGGAGUCAGACAGGCGCCUGAAUAGAGCACAAACACUCACAGAGACAGACAGACAGGUGGUUUGUGGAUUUGACGGUAAAAGCAGCACGAGCGUCCUGAAACACUUCCUGGUUGAUAGAGCCGAGUGAGCGCGCGCUUGGAGAGAGUCGCAUGUAAACCCGGUUAGUUUCUGAUGUUUGAUCUGUCUCUGUCCGUCUGUCGUCGUGUCUCUCCUUCGGUAACGGGUCUGGCCUAUUUCCGGUUGCCUCGCGGUGGUCGGCGAGUUGACUGACAGGCAGUGUAGGAUUGGGGCUCGCGCGUAACGCGGAAAUAACCCCAGUCAGCAGUCUGUCCUACCGCCACAAACUGGACCCUGACCAGAACAAGGACCAUUAAGGCUCAGGGCGGAGAUGCUCCUGUUCAACAGUAAAACUGUGACAGCGUUCCUGCUGUCAUUGUUGCUGCUGGGUGUUCUGUACUGCUACAUCUACCAGUCCCACAGAUUCAUGUCCAUGAAGCAGGAGGAGAUAACAGUUGAUUUCAGUUUUGCUGAAGUUCAUGAGAGUCACAGCUUCCACCUGGUGGCUCCUGACCAUCUGCAGUACAAACAGCCAAGUAUCGUGCAGGGUCGUAGCGACGUGGUGUCGGUGACGCCCUGGUUGGCUCCUGUGGUCUGGGAGGGAACCUUUAACCCGGUUCUACUCGACAGCAUCUACAAGCCUCAGAACAUAAGUGUGGCAGUCACCGUGUUCGCUGUUGGAAAGUACAUCAUGUUCCUGAAAAACUUCCUGGAGACGGCAGAGCAGCACUUCUUUGUUGGUUUCAAUGUGCAUGUGUACGUGUUCACCGACCGGCCAAAGGAGGUGCCCCAAGUCAAGAUGGCCGCUGGCAGACAGCUGACAGUGCGGUCUGUGCCCAGCUCAAAGCGUUGGCAGGAGAUCUCGGCUCGACGGAUGGAGCUCAUCCAGCUGCUGAUCGAGGAGGAGCUUCAUCACACUGACUACAUCUUCUGUCUGGACGUGGACUCCAAGUUCCACGGUCGCUGGGGCAGCGAGUCGCUGGGCGGACUGGUUGCAGUCAUACAUCCAGGUUACUACAAAGAUGACCGCAGCAGGUUCCCCUACGAGCGGAGGCCCAAGUCCCGAGCCUACCUGGCUCCAGAUGAAGGCGACUUCUACUAUUGCGGGGGGGCGUUUGGAGGCCUUACAGAGGAAGUACAUCUGCUCGCCAAAACCUGCCGCCAAAACUUUGAGGCUGAUGCAAAGGAGAACAUCGAGGCUGCCUGGCAGGAGGAGAGUCACCUGAACAGGUACAUGUGGAUCAAUAAACCCAGUAAGGUGUUGUCACCUGAGUACCUGUGGCAGGACUUCAAGUCCAGAGAGCCUGAGAUUCACAUCAUCAGAUUCUCUGGAGUCGUCAAGAACUAUGCUGAGAUCAGACCCAAUGUCUGAGAGUCUGGACUGGACCUGACUGGACUGGACUGGACUUUCCUACAAUACACCUCAUCUUCUGUCUGAAUUUUAAUUUCUGAACACUCAGGACCUUUAGCCAAAGUAGCAUCACCUCUGCUGAGCAUGUGCAGCUCUCGCUGUAGACCUCGUUCAGAUCAGAGCCGGCGCUGGAGCGACGUACGUGCCAGGUCGUCAUUUAAUUGUUGUGUGAAGUCAUGUUGUGAACUUGAAGUUCAGCUGCUGUCUGAAUGAGGCCUCGCUCACAACAUCUGCUAUGCUGCAUCACUUUUGGCCACGCUGAGUCAAACCGAGCCAUGCUGAUUUAUUUUUCCAUCAGUUUUGCUGUGCAGAGCUGAGCCGACUGGAAAUGGACCUGUUCCGGAAUGGGGCCAAUCCGGGUUCGUCCCGCCUACAAACAUGCUGUGGUGACGUGUCACGACUGCGGCCAACCCUUCACGAGCCCGUGCCUCCCCCUCAAAUCAAUACUCAGUACUUUUGUAGCUUCAAACUCAAUCUCUUAAGUUUCGCUCAUCCUGUUUGUUCUUUCAAACAUCUGCCGUGUUUUCUUGUUUCACGUGUACACUUUUAGCUGUUUUGUGAGUUGUGUUCAGUUAGUGCUAACCUGACAAAUCCCUACCAUGUCAAGUCAAACCGAGUAAAGCCAGUCUGGCAGAUGUGAUAGAAAAAUGGCUUUAGUCGGUCGAGCUGCAUCCUGUUAUGACAGUUUCCAGUCAGACGUCUUACUUCAGUUUUAAUGGUGCCACUGAUUUUCUUAUGAUGUACACAGUUCAGGUGACCUACACUCUGCCAUAAUUUAAAGGGGCUCUAUUUAGUUAACCAAACACUUUUUAUUGGCUCCAUGUGAGCAGAUUGUAACAUUUCUCUCUCAACAUCACUACAAAGCCUAUCAAAGAUAGAAGUCCUUUUACACUGCUGGACCACGUUUUUAUUCUGUAGCAGUCUGAUGUGACUUCAUUCAUGUUCCUGAGUUCCUCAUCUCGGCUCCUCGUCUCGGCGCCUCUCUCCAGUAGCUCACGUUUGUUUAGAAAUGGAGUCUUUUAUGCUCUUGAACGCAGCCUGUGUUACGCUUCUGAACUGACUGUGUGCGCUUUACACUAACUUCCCAUCAUGCGCUGUGUUUGUGAUGCCUGCUGUCUUCUCCUCUGUCAGUCAAAAAUUCACAGCUGUGUGUUGUCAUAACCACCUCCUGAAAACACACUGUGUGAGUUUCCGUUGGUUUAAUUACAUCCAAUAACAAUCUCACUGAUCACACGACAAAGCUCCACCAGUGUCUUCCUGUUCGGCCAGUCCUCUUCUUUUAUCUGCAGGAGGGAAUUCCUGUCUGCUCACAACAGGAAACCCACACACACAAAUAUCCACACACAAAAAAGUGUAACACACUGUGUCCUGUAACACACUCAGUAAUGUGACUGAAGCCUGCCGCGCCCUAAUGCUAUCCUCUCAGCUCGCUGUGCUGUGAUUGGAGGGUUGACUUUGAUGUUAAACCAGAUUCAUUGUUGUGGUUUACUUCUCUUGUCUCUCUAUCCAAACAGCUUCAUCCUCACUGCUCCAUCCAAACAGCUUCAUCCUCACUGCUCCAUCCAAACUGCUUCAUCCUCACUGCUCCAUCCAAACUGCUUCAUCCUCACUGCUCCAUCCAAACUGCUUCAUCCUCACUGCUCCAUCCAAACUGCUUCUCCUCACUGCUCCAUCCAAACUGCUUCAUCCGCACUGCUUCAUCAAAACUGCUCCAUCAUUGCAGGAAUCAUACGCCGAUUCUCCACAUCGUCCUCUGUGUGAAAGUUUAGGAUGUGGAGGAGGGGGGGGACAGUUUUGCUGUGGUUCUGAUCUGCCUCCGGAGGUAGUUUCUGAGCCACAGCAGAGACAAGCCGGCAUUUGUGUGAAUGAAUAAGCCUGAGGUGAGCCGCAGUAUGUCUGUCUUCCUCUCUGUCGUCCAGACUCCCCAUCACAUUCCUGCCUAGCAAAAAAACCUUGUCUCAGUGUCUGUGUUACUCUCUGUAAUGACCUCCUGUUGGCCACCUGUUUUGUCAGAGCGGCCCAGACACACUCUAUCAGGUUCAGACAUCUUAUGUUGUGCUGUGUCAUGAUGUGAAAUGUUCUCAAUGGUACAGAAAUGUUGAUUUCCACAAGAGCAGAGCGAAACUUGUCACAGAAAGAAGAUUAUGAGCUAAAUGAAUCAUGUUUUUAAAUGUGUGAUUAUAUGUUUGAUCGUACGAUGAUGACCUGAUGAACAGGAGGAAACUGUAACAGCUGCUCCAGUGUGCUGAAAACUGAGAAACUAACCAAAUAUCUGAAUGUAAUAAAACAUCUGCGUUCAAAUCA